UGUAUGAGCGAGGCUACAUUAUAACGUUUUCGUGAACCGUCUCCAAAUAUGGUAAUGGAAGAAGACAGGGCAUAGUCCCCGAUAGAGUACAUUGAUUGACAAUAUGAAGAAGAGCAAGAGUCUCACAAGCUGUCAAGAGCGAGAAGCAAGUAAAUUGAAGAAGAGAGAGAAACAAUCGAUCAUCGCCUUGUCAUUGUUGCGAUUAGGGUUAGGGUUUGUCUUCUUACUCUCAGUUUUCUAAUGGCUUCUUCGAAUGCUCAGCAAAACGCCGCUAAACCUGCUCUGAGAAAGCCGGUGUUCGUCAAGGUCGAUCAACUCAAGCCUGGGACGAAUGGUCACACUCUGAUCGUGAAGGUUCUGAAUGCGAACGCUGUGUUGCAGAAGGGCCAAUCGGUGUCGCAGCACCUCCGCCAGACCCGCAUUUCCGAGUGUCUCGUCGGUGACGAAACCGCCUCGAUCCUCUUCGCCGCACGCAACGAUCAAGUUAUCUGUGUCAGGACUUUCAAAAUGGAUGAAGACUAUAUUUUGAAAUAUAAUUACCAUGGCGGCGCUUUAUGCAUUGCAGAAAUUGAUUUGAUGGAGCCUGGUGCAACUGUCGUCCUCCGAAAUGCAAAGAUUGACAUGUUUAAGGGAUCCAUGAGGCUCGCAGUUGACAAAUGGGGCCGAAUUGAGCUCACUGAACCUGCUUCUUUUGUUGUGAAAGAGGACAACAAUCUCUCCCUUAUUGAGUAUGAACUUGUGAAUGUUGCGGAAGACUGACCGCAACCUUUUGGAAGCUGCAAUGAAAUAUAGAGAAGAUUCGAAAUCUAAAAGCCGCAAUAGUUUGGUUUUGCUGUACUUUCUGUUGACAGCUGCUUUUGUGGUUAGUAGUACCCCUUCUGUUUUCUUUCUUUUUUAUUUCUUACUUUUGAAAGAAUGGAUAGUUUGAAAUUGGUUUAGAAUCCGUUGUGUUGGAAGAGAAAGCUCAAUGCCUUGCUGGACAUGGAAGUGUAAAAAGAAAAUUCUGGUGUUUAUGAAAGUGGAUCAUAUUGCUUUAAAUUACGGUGUUUAUUUUUA